AUAAAAAAAAAUUUGCAGUAAAAAAAUUUCUAGUUUACCAUUUCUAAUGAUUGUUCACCUUAAUUUUAAUUUUAAUGUAAAUAAAAAUCUUUCUUUCUAAAAUUAUUUUCUUUUUAUUACUUUUUUUCUUUCUGAUUGGUUCGAAGGUGAAAAUGUCAGGGAAUAAUUUUUCUCCCACGACCAAAUAUACUGUCUAUAUAGAAUAUAAAAGUCGCACAGUUUGUUUCUGACUUUAAAUAAAGAUGGAACGUUGGAUUAAUAAAGUGGCGGUGAUAACUGGUGCUAGUUCUGGUAUUGGUGCAACAAUUGUUAAAGCACUUGUGAAAAAAAAUGUCAAAGUCGUUGGAUUGGCGAGACGUUUGGAGAAUAUGGAAAAAAUUAAAAAUGACCUCAAUAAUGAUAAGAGAGAUUUAUUUUUUCCAAUAAAAUGCGAUGUCUCGAAGGAAGAGGAUAUUUUAAAUUCUUUCAAGUGGAUUGAAGAAAAUUUAAAGUCUGUCGAUAUUCUUGUUAAUAAUGCUGCCCUUGGGACAAAAUAUUUAUGCAUUGAAAGUUCGACAGAAAAUAUAAGAAACGUCGUCGACUUAAAUUUAAUUGGUCCAACUAUUUGCAUUAGGGAAACUAUAAGAAUUAUGAAGGAGAAAAAUUCACCUGGUCAUAUUUUCAAUAUCGCCAGUAUUCUGGGACAAAAUAUCCAAAUAUUUCAUGGUAUAACAUUCAAUCUUUAUGGACCAACGAAAUUUGCGCUAAAAGCAAUUAGCGAUGUUAUUGAACUCGAAUUGGAGAGUAUAAAAAGUCCCAUAAAAGUAACGACAAUUUAUCCUGGCUUGGUGAAAACUGAAAUGCCACCGCCGAUAGCGUUUAAAGUAUUUCCGUACCUCGAUGCCGAUGAUAUUUCAGAUGCUGUUUUGUACGCUUUAUCUACCCCUCCCCACGUGCAGAUUAAGGAACUGACAAUCACACCACUUCAAACCUAUCAACGAGAAGAGAAUGAACAAUGAAUCAAAAAAUAAAUUUUUAAUUGUUUUCAGUUUUCACCUAAUUUUUAGUAAAUAUUAUAUUUAUCCUAGUAAUUAUUCAUUAUUAAAAAGAAA